CAAAGUUGCGUUCACCGGAAGGGAGAGGUUCGACACUCAGGGUGAUUUGCACAAUAUCCGACUGAGCUGAAAUUUGCAAGGGACAGGUAGAUGCCAGUGGUGAAUUUUCGGUCCACUGGGAAAUCGAAAUUCAACUGACCAUUGCAUUCUUCUCCAUGGUAGUCCCCAGGCGAGAUUGGUUGCAUAGCUUGCAGGCAACAGGCUGCUGAUCCGCGCGACUCUAUGCGAAUAUCCUCCGGCAGGUAUGACUCCAGAUUAUCUUCAAGAUGAGGACUCGGUUGCUUCGAAGUCAGACUCUGUCCGUAGCUUUGGCGAUUCGGGGUGUACUUUCUCUCCCGACUGCAGGGGCGAUUGGACCGAGGAUUGGGUCUUCACCUUCGCUAUUGAUAGUUGCAGACAGAGCUCAAUUUCUGCCACCGAGUAGCCAUUCUCCGAUUUUCAGCGAUCGGCAGAGUACACCUCGUGCCUCUGAUUUAUACGAUGGUGACUGCUUGCCCUCGAGCUCACAUUCGUCCACCGAUCGGCAUCCAUUUCCACGUGUAUUCUCCCGGAAGUUUUCGUGGCAGGCCGCCGCCCCACAACGUGGGAGCGGCAUUUUGGGCGAUGAAUUCUGGACCAAGCCUAUGGGGAGCGAGGUGGUCGAUGAAAAGGAGUUGAAAAAGAAGGGAAGUUAUUGGAGGAAACAGGAUCCAGAGUACCAGGAAGCUAAGAUCAUAGCCAGCGUCUGCAAUGUGCUGCAAAGAUGCGAGUGGACACUCGAGACGGAGAGAGCUCUCUCAGAGUUGAAUGUGAAACUAACCCCUUUCCUCGUCUACGAAGUACUGAAGCGUCAACGGGAUGCGGAAUUGGCAUUCGGCUUUUUCGAGUGGGCCAAAUAUCAACCAGGGUAUAGGCACGAGACUGCAGUGUACACGCGGAUGGUGAUGAUAGCAGGCGCUUCCAGGAAGUAUGAAGCCGUGCAAGCUCUGGUGAGUGAGAUGGAAGCCGAGGGUUGUGAGAGAAACCUCGCCUUUUACAAUGCUCUCGUAGAAUUCUUUUCGCAGGCUCAGAUGCUGGACGAAGCUCUGCACACGCUGGACACAAUUAAAGCAUGUGGAUGGGGACCCACUUACUUCACUUAUAAGUGCAUCAUCCAUUCUGCUCUGAAGUCUGGAAACCUCAGAACUGGCGCUGACUUGUUCAUGGAGAUGAUGCAAGUAGGUUUCAUGCCCGACAAUACCACCAUCAACAUGCUGAUCGAUUCGUUUGCGAAGACAGGUCAAUUGCGGACAGCUUACAACAUUUUUCGUGAGAUGAUCGAGAGAGGUUGCGUACCGGAUGUUUACACUUACACGAUUGUAAUUCGAAGUCUUGGUCAGAAGGGUCACAUGGAUUCCGCGAUGAAGAUAUUCAGAGAUAUGAUUGCUGCGGGAGUUCGGCCUACAUCCUUCACGUACCACAGCUUGAUACAUGCUUUUGGUCGAGAGGGUAAGGUGGAUGAAGCUGUUCAACUAGUGAACGAAAUGGUUGGCAAAGGCUAUCAACCAGGUAUCAUUACCUAUAACAUUCUUAUCGAUGCUUACGCGAAGGCUGGUGACUGGGACGGAGCUAUGGAAUUGUUCGAGAGAGCAAAAGGUAUGGCCGACGCCGUGACUUACAACAGUAUGCUGGACCGAGCUGUGAAGAAAGGUGACGUGCAUGCAGCUUCUCAACUUUUUGAGCAGAUGGGUGCCACAGGAUGCAUCGCGAACAAGGUUACUUACGCAAUCUUGAUUAGGGGCCUCACUAAGGUCGGAAAGGUAGAGGAAGCGUGUAAAUUGUACGAGGAGAUGAAACGUUUGGACCUCAAACCGGAUGCCACCAUUUUCAACAAUCUUAUCGAUUGUCUCGGGAAGAGGAGACUCAUUGACCUAACCAUGAGGCUUUUUCAGGAGAUGAAGGAGCAGGGUGUCCGUCCCGAUAUGUGUACAUACAAUACAUUGAUCAAUCGCCUGUGUAAAGCAGGUCAAAUAGAGACAGCGUCUAAAAUUGCCGAAGAAAUGGCCGAAGCCGGCUGUAUACCGGGUCGAGUUACAUACAAUUGUCUUAUCAACAGUCUUGGCAAAGCAAGGAAGAUUGACGCAGCGUGCAAGAUAUUCCUUGAAAUGCAGCGAAAGGGCGCCAAACCGGAUGUGGUUACCUAUACCUGCCUCAUCGAUGGUUUUUUCAUCGCAGAGAAGGUUGAUUCAGCCUUGUACAUGUUCCAAGAGAUGAAGAAGGUAGGCUGUUAUCCCAACGUAGUUACUUACAACGUGCUCAUUGAUCACCUGAUCAGACAAGGAAGGCUUCCUGCUGCUCUGAACUUUUGGCAGGAGAUGAAAGAGAAGGGUCUUACUCCCGAUGAGAUAACCGAAACAAUUCUAGGCCGCAUUCCACCCAAUUCCAGAAAUGGGCACGGUGGAGGUCAAGACGAGGCUGACAAGUGACCAUCAUGUACGAGAGCGCGAUGGGUAGCGGAGAGAGAGAUAGUAUACUGCGGCCGGAUUAGUUUAGAAGAUGAGCCCGUACUGGACGACGCAGGAAGCUGUUUUGAGGAAUGCCCGAACGCAUGAGAUGAAUGUGACUCAGGAUUCAUACCAAUUUCAUACAGGGUGAUGUACUUACAGGAGACUUGCGGGGAUGAUCAUGUGGCACCUCUAGAGUUGUAGAGUAAGCGAUUAAAGAGACAUCGGAUCCUGGAUAUUUAUCAUCUGGACUUGAAGAUGAUUCUUCUAUUUUAUUAUACAUUCUGCUCGCCGACAUCCCCUUAUUAGCAUUAUUGGUCUGUUCAAAUAGGCAUUCUUUACUUCAAGCCGGGUACUUGUCACCAUGGUAUCCUACACGGACCUUACUCCAUUGUUGGAGGCACAUGUAACUUGACGUCUUUGUGUUGAGCUCGGUACCUAGUCCUGGUCAAGGCUCACUUAAGAAGCUCGGUCGGAAAACUUUCUUGCCCACAGCCUCAAGUGCAUGACGAUCUGAAGACUGCAAACAGUCCUCAGCAUUUGGCCAUAUUUAAAUCUUUCUACAAGAGAGUCAAGAACCUUGUCUGCAUUCUUCGGUGUUCGGAAUGUUUUCGAACGGCGUAUUGUUUCGAACUCCUGCAAGUUUCUUAACCAAAGUAUUUAAUGAGUUUAAGCAUGCACCGAAUGUAUUGGACAUGUUCCAUCUUUCAAGAGACAACUUAAUACGC